GCCUCCAUCCAAGGCUCCUUUCAUUCUCCUCCGAGUCUCAACAGCAGCUGAGUAGGAGCACCAAACAUGCUGACGCUGGCAGCACUUAUGGCCACAACUGUGUGGUUUUAUGGAUUUGCGCAGGAAAUUCCUAUACAGAGUCCUAUAUCCAUCACCAGGUUCCAGAAAAGUGCACGUAUGUUCUGUGAAAUGAAGAAAUUACCAGGACGUUUUGAUAAUACCGUCAUACACUGGUAUCAACUGAAAGAGAAUAAACCUCCAGAGAGGCUACUCUUCUUUGCAGGAGGGAAAACUACAGUUGAAAGUGGUUUUCAAGGGAACAAGUACAUGGUUGAUAAAGUUUCUAGUCGGAAUCUGUGUAUUCUUACAAUAAACAAUGUAAGUCCAGAUGAUGCUGCUACAUACUACUGUGCCUAUUGGGACCCUCACCUUGAUAGAGGUGAUGAGAAAAUAUUUGGAAGUGGAACUAAACUUAUUGUUUCAGAACAAGGAAAUUCUGGACCAGAGAGCUCUGAAAUCCUGCAGAAAGAACAUGAAAACCAACUUGUGUAUGUUUGCCUUUUUGAGAAAUUCUACCCAGGAGUUGUUCGGGUGAAAUGGACUGACGACGCAAAUAAGGAGAUAACACAGAACGUAGUAAAAGGAGAUGUCUGGAAGCUUCCAGGUGAGAAUAAGUACUCAGUCAGCUCCUGGUUAUCUGUACCACUGGAGGACAAAAACAAGAAAUAUUUUUGCCAAUUUGAGCAUGAAAGUGGAGACCGUUCACUGCACACACAUGAGAGCUCUUCUCAGGAGCAGAACUGCAGCACUGAAUCUAGAAACAGCACAGUUUUUAACAAAGAUCACUUGACGCACAAGGCAGCGCAAUUGGUGUACGUUGUUCUGCUUCUGAAAAGCUCCAUGUACUAUGUCAUCGUGCUCUUCUUCUUCUUCAAGUACAGAACAAGGAACGCAGCUAAGCCCUCGGGAAAGAGAACAUAAAUACUGGGUUUGGAAAGGUUUAUAAGAUUGUCUUCAAUUUGCUUUGCUGUAUAAUUAUCCACAUAGGCUCUGCUGUUCUCCAUGCUAGAUACAACAACAAAAAACAAUUCUAAGAGAACAGGCAUAUAGGGUUUGCUGUGCUUUACUGCUAGUGUUUUCCUAAUUUUUUCUGAGUAUUGAACUGAGAUGGAAGUGAGCAAAAAAAAAUAAGCGUACAUAGGGUUAUAGUAGGAACGCUGUAAUGCAAGGUGAGGAACCUCCUCCCGCUUAAAGUAUUUUUGCAUGCAUAAGAGUAGAGGUAUAUUGGAACUUUCAAAACAUAAAACAUUGAUGCAUUUUAUCAUUGCAUUUAAGGUUAGUUAGGAGCAUUCCACUGCUGAAAACGCAUCAAUACUACUUUUUAUUUUUUUUUUAAACUUUCAAUGAUUUAUAGCAACUCCACCAAAUCAGGGCUUGAAUAUUCUGAAGUGAUAAGUGCUUUAAAAGAUUCCACUAAGCUUGAUUUUUAAAAGCAAAGAUAUUAUCUUUUAGCAAGUUGAUAAACAUAAGAGCAAUUCUAACGUGCAUAUCUAUAGAAAUUUAAGAAAUUCACCAGGCCACAGGCUAGCACUGCUGCGCAAACUGAAAACUUGCAUAUCGUGUCUUUAAAGGUAGAAAAUGAUUGCAAUUAUCACCUUGUUUAGAGAAAUCAUUUCAAACUCAGCAAAACCUUAAAUCUGGUGCUUCAAUAGAGAAAGUGUUCUCACAUUACAGGAACAACUCUCAGAUGCUUUACUUUGAACUCCUCAUCUCCAAGUUUUGCUAAUUUAGGGCUUGUACCACAAGUUUGGAGAUGAAUGCCUGCACCAAACCUGUAAUGAUGUAGAGCAAUAAAAGCUUUCCUUGAGAGGCAUUUGUGAGACCUCUAUUUGUUCUACAGGCUGUACCUGUCUUGAAAACUUGGUUAUUUUCCAUGUUCAUUGAGUUCCUUGGAGAAUGAAAGAUCCUUAAAACCAUCCUUUUUUCUUUUUUUUUUUCUUCCUAUUUUUAAAUGGGGACAGAGUUCUACGUAGAAAAAUGAAAGUUAACCCAUUAGAUCUUAUCUAUUGAACAGUGAAGCUGGGGAGAAACAACACAUUGUUUGCAACAGGCCUGUCUUCCAUCCCUGCUCAAGAAGGGCUGCCUAGAGGGGUUGCUCAGGACUGUGGCCAGAUGCCUUUUGAGCAUUUCCACAGCAACCAGUAGCAAAUCUCUCAGUCUCUCCUCAUUUGAGAGAUACUCUAGUCUCUUGAUUAUCUCUCCUGGCUCUUUUCUGGACUUUCUCCACAGCCUUCAUGCCAUGUCUGUCCCAUACCGAUGAGCCCAGAAUUGGAACCCUCAAAAGUAAUGGAAAACCACUGCUGAUGUUGAAGACUCAACCAGAGACCUUUAGAUCUUCAGUCUAACACUCUCCUAGCUGAGCUAUUUCAGCACUCACUAGCUUCGAUACUCACAAAAAUUGAUGGAAUGUAAUUAUCUUUCAGCUGUAUUCGGUCAAGCUUUGCAGACAUCAGCUUGAGAGUCAAAGUGAUUUCAGGGAACAAAAUGGAGACAGACUGAGCUCAAAAGAAAUGGUCCAACCAGCUGUAUCAACACAGGAUCCCUGCCAUGGUACCUUACCUCUGUUUACAGAGUCUGUGUCUGAGCCUUAAGAAUAGGGUGAUGGGUGAUGUCUAGAAGAGAAGCAGGGAAACAAAACUUCUGUUCUUGAAGGAAAAGUACAUCUACCUUUAGAACAGAGAAGGUAUCUGUCACAAGCAAAAGGGAAAUAAAGAUAUAGAGCUAGGUCUCUGUAAUACGACCUACAGGUUUGUUAAAAAGAGUAUGGCCAGCAGGCCAAGAGAGGUUCUUCUCCUCCUCUACUCCAUUCUGGUGAGUCCACAUCUGGGGUACUGUGUCCAGUUCUGUGUCCACAGUUCAAGACAGACAGGGCAUUUCUAGAGAGAGUCCAGAAGGAGACUACGAAGAUUAUGAGGAUCCUGGAACAUCUCCCUUAUGAGAAAAGGCUGAGAAACCUGGGACUGUUCAGCCUGGAGAAGAGAACGCUCAAGGGUAAAAUCUCAUCGAUGCUUAUAAAUAUCUAAAGGGCAGGAGCCAAGUGCAUGCAAGUGCAUGGGGCCAGGUUCUCUUUGGUGACAGCCAGUAAUAGGACAAGGGACAAAAGGUACAAACUGGAACACAUUUCUCAUUUUCCAUCUGAACAUGAGAAAUGACUUCUUUACUUAGAGGAUGAGAGGUUGCCCAGAGAUGUUGUGGAGUCUCCUCUGGAUAUUCAAGGCCUUGGAUGCUUUCCUGUGUAACCUGCUUUAGGGAAUCUGCUUUAGCAGGGGGUUGGAAUAGAUGAUCUCCAGAGAUCCCUUCCAAUCUUUAAGAUUCUGAGAUUCUAUAAUCUUCAGUCAAACUCGCUUUGAAAACAGGCUGAUAUCCUGUGUUAUUAUUUGCUUGAUUCCAAUGCAAGCGAAAUAAAACAGCAAGAAAAGUAUUUGGGAAAUGCACCUACUGUAGAUUUGAGUAGCAGAAUUAAUACCACUGUCCAGGCCUCCCUUAGCAUUACCCCUGCUAGUCCAUCAGGCUGGAAAAACAUUUGAUUGCUUCAGUGAAUCAAGUCUGCUUUUACUAAAAUCAUCCUCAAAUCCACUUGUGCUGCCUCAUGUACAAAAUCAGAUGUCCGUGUUGCACAAUAAAAAAGAGAGAAAGCAUGGCCUUUUAAGCUUUUUGAACAAACAACCCUGCCCAUAAACAGUGCUGAACAACGUUCAGAAUAGCCCUCACCUCACAGUUUAUGGGGUUUCUCAAGUACAUAGCUGCAAGUCUUACAUUUGCAACAGAUCACAUGCCCCUGUAGUGUAUUUAUACAGGCAUAUGCUGCUUACAGCAUGUUUCUAUUCUUAUUUAUUUGGCCCAAAUAGGAGGACAAGUGGAUGUUUUUAGGCGUGGGGUGUGUGUGUGGGGGGGCUAAUGGCAGGAAGCUUAGGUUGUUUAGUGGAAAAAACCUGUAAACUGAACCAGUCACAACCAGCUCAGAGGAGGUGGGCUGCGAUGGAAAUGGGCGAUAAGCUGAGGACAGUUAGACCACAGCCGUCCUGUCUUUUACCACAGUAUAUUUCUAAACCGCAGUGAUGGAAAUACAGAGUGAUAAAACCACGGGCCUACGUUACAUGUAAAAAAAUAGUGACACUUCCGUUCACUGCACGUUGCUCUGACUGUGUGCUUGUGAUAGCCACAUGUAAGGGCUACUGCUGCUGCAAAAACACGGGCGCUGCAGGAAGUCUGCAGGACUUCCAUUCUUGUUUAUCAUGUAUGCAUGCCAGAGUUAGAAGCUAUGUAAGUGUAAGCUUCUGCAGCCAGGACUUUCUUAAUACUUGAAAGGCACAUCUUCUCAAAUGAAUGCCUUAUUGCAGCAGAUUUUCAGUGCUUUUGAGCUUCUACAAGUAUGAGCAUUACAGCUGCUGUGCUCCUGUCGUGGUUGCAAAAAUAAUGAAAGUAUUGAGAAAAUGAUUGCAGUCAAUCUGGUGCUUAUAACGAAAAGAAGACAGAGUGGAACGCGCAUCUCUAAAACACGAAGGACUAAUGUGCAGAUGAAUUUUUUUUGUGGGAAGGGAUUUCCACUGUUUUCUUUGUCUUGCUAGAAGCACUUUGCAUCCUAUAUUGAACAAGAACUUGCAUGGUUGAGAAUUUUGAUUUCUCAUCUACUAAAAUGCCCUAGAACAGGUGAUAAGGAAAGGAAAGAAACCCGUGGAUUCCUCUCACAUAUAGUUGCAAAGGGGAAAGAUCUGCGUAAGCAUUACAGCAGCCUGCCAACAGCUGACUUCUGUUGAUACCAGUUACCAAAACAAAUUUUAAAGGAGAUCCCAAGAGCAGACUAAUCAUUUUGAGAUUUUGAAACAUUUGGGACACCAGCACACACUCACAAGUGCCGAGAAGAUCAAAAACCUCAGAAGAACGGUUCAAGAGUUUGUUCCUCUGCACCUAAAGGGAAAUAGAACAAGUGACAACAACGAUCAAGUGACAAGUUUUAGCUACUGAGUCUCAACUAUUACUAAAUAUACUUCCACCAUACAGAAGUUUCAUUCCAUUCUUUUACCAAUCUCUUGGCUAGGUGCACAAGACAUCACUUUCAGUAAUUACUUAGCGAUUUGGAAGAUCACUUCAGGUCUGCAUCACAGACAAAUAUUUUCAUACUGCUUGCAAGCAAUCUAAUAUGCACAUGUCAACAAAGUACCUUUGCUGCUGUGCAGCACACAGGGGAACCAUGCCCUUUAGUUUCUAAUGAGUAAUUCAUUCUACAUCCAUCAUUCUUAAAGAGGAUCAAAAGAUCUCAGAUCAGAAGCUUCAGCUUCUUGAGGUUUAAUUCCUCCUUUAGCUGGAGCUUUGCCAUUUGUGGUAAAGUGAAUGCAAGAUAAUCCUGAAAAUAAAUUAAGUCAUUUCAAAAAUGAGAAAAUCAACUCUCAUAUUUAACUGAAGCACGCCACAAACAUCUUAAGACACUGGAGGUAGAGGGUAACAUUCUCUGGUAUUAAACAGAGGGAAGAGGGUAAAGACUCAAGCAGUUUUGUCCGGAAGAUCUUCAAGAUGAGUACAUUUGUCCUACAACUGAAGUAAAAAUAAAUCUUUUCCUAGAACUUCCUCUCUCCAGAGAAAUUUUUUCCAUCCCUUCCCCUUGUGGUCCAUCAUUGUCUUUCCAAGAUAGCUGGUGAAGAAAUGAUGGAGACCAGCCGUAUGAUCUGAGAUUUGGGUAGUCCUGUGUGGAGCCAGCUGUUGGACACUAUCAUCCUUGUGGAUCCCUUCCAACUCAGGAUAUUGUAUGAUUCCAUUUCAUCUUGAGUCUUUUUCAUUGUGCUGCAGAAGAGCUUCUUCAGCCUCUGCACUUGGAUUAGCCAGAAUUCAGAGGCAGUUGAGUCCAACUCAGGCUCU